UUCAAUUUUCGCUACACAAACGCAGCAAAAUAAUACCGUUUUUAUUCGAGAAGAUUUCCGGCUUCCCUUGAAAACCAUCUUUAUAAUUGUAGUUUUUAGCACGUGGUAAAUUUCCCAUUUGAAGUCGAGAACGACAAGCAACCAAUGCGAUACGAGCAAUGAACUUGAACAAUUUCAAGUUUUACAAAAGGAUCUAGGAACUGCGUAAUUUCUCUAUAAGGAGAAUAUGCGGAACAGCCGUAGUCCCGGGCCGUCGGGGGCGAAGCUCCAGGGCUUCAUCCAGCUGAACAACACGACCUAUCGGGUGGAAUGACCGACUCGGGUGCUUAAUCCGCCCAGGUGAUCUCAUUACACAACACAUACCUAUCGAAACCAACAGCACCAUCUGCGUGUCCAACCCCCGGUACGCCAUGAUCGGCAAGAUCUCCAAGACCCUGAGUUACAAGUUGGUCAAGAAGGCCAAGCUGUGGAACAUCCUCUGGUCGGAUUUAUUUCCCGGCGUGGAGCUGUUCAAGAACAUGAACCACUUUCCGGGCAUGAUCGAGAUUUGUCGCAAGGAUCUAAUCUCGCGGAAUCUUAAUAAAAUGCAAAACGCUAUUCCCGCAGGACUACAAGAUUUUUCCAAGACCUGGAUGCUGCCGGCGGAAUAUGGGGAUGAUAUGAACUACGCUCUUAACCACAAACGCACCUUUAUCCUGAAACCAGAUUCUGGAGCACAGGGGCGUGGCAUCUGGCUGACCAACGAUUUGAAGACAAACGGUCCACAUGAGCGUCUCAUCUGACAAACCUACAUACACAGGCCCCUCCUCAUCGAUGGCUAGGGUUUACACGGUGAUCACCUCUGUCGAUCCCCUGCG